GGCCACUUCCGGCCUCGCCUCAGCAGCGUCCUCUGCGCCUGGGAGGCCUUGCAGCAACUGCCGAGAGAGCAGCGGCUCCUCUGAGGCGGCGAUGAUGGCGAUGGCGAUGGCGGCGGCGGCGGCCGCGGCUGGCUUCAGAACUGUGGAACCUUUGGAAUAUUACCGAAGAUUCUUAAAAGAAAACUGCCGGCCUGAUGGAAGGGAUCUUGGUGAAUUCAGAACCACAACUGUCAACAUAGGUUCAAUUACAACUGCGGAUGGCUCUGCCCUUGUGAAGCUAGGAAACACAACAGUGAUUUGCGGCAUUAAGGCGGAAUUUGCAGCACCCCCUAUUGAUUCCAGUAACAAGGGAUAUAUUGUUCCUAAUGUGGACCUUCCUCCACUCUGUUCAUCAAGGUUUCGACCUGGACCUCCAGGGGAAGAGGCUCAGGCAGCUAGUCAAUUCAUUGCAGAUGUGAUUGAAAAUUCACAGAUGGUUCAGAAAGAAGACCUGUGCAUUGUAGAGGAGAAGAUUGCUUGGGUUCUAUACUGCGACAUUAUAUGCUUAGACUAUGAUGGAAACCUCCUGGAUGCCUGUAUGUGUGCUUUACUAGCAGCCUUAAAAAAUGUCUAUUUGCCUGCCGUUACUGUAAAUGAAGAAACGGGGUUAGCAGAAGUUAACUUCAAAGAGAAGACCCCUUUAACUAUUAAAAAGCAACCAGUGGCUACAUCCUUUGUGCUGCUUGACACAGUAAUAAUUGUGGACCCAACUGCAGAAGAGGAAGACCUGGCAACUGGGAAUCUAACUAUUGUAACUGAUGAAGAAGGCAAAUUGUGUUCUGUUUAUAAGCCAGGAGGAAGUGUAAUAACAGGCACAAAGCUUCAAGACUGUAUCAGCCGGGCAACAGUACGGCACAAAGAAGUGAAGAAACUAAUGGAUAAAAUGAUCAAAAGCGUACAACCAACAUAAACAAUGGGUCUCUUAAGUAA